AUGGCCAAUCCCAAGGUCUUCUUCGACGUUACCGCUAACGGUCAACCUCUUGGUCGUAUUGUUUUCAAACUUUAUACUGAUGUAGUCCCCAAGACUGCCGAAAACUUCCGCGCUCUUUGUACUGGUGAAAAAGGUUUUGGUUACAAGGACUCCAUCUUUCAUCGUGUCAUUCAGCAGUUUAUGUUGCAAGGUGGUGAUUUCACCAACUUUAACGGCACUGGUGGCAAAUCCAUCUAUGGUAGCAAGUUCGCUGAUGAAAACUUCAAAUUGCAACACUCUAAACCUGGUCUUUUAUCCAUGGCCAAUGCUGGUCCCAAUACCAAUGGUUCGCAAUUCUUCAUCACCACUGUUCCCUGUCCUUGGUUGGAUGGCAAGCACGUUGUAUUUGGUGAAGUCGUUGAAGGUCUCGGCUCUGGUUCUGGCAGGACUCAAGCUGAAAUCAAGAUCGAGAACUCUGGAGAACUGUAA